AAACAAUGAUACGGCCUGAGAAACGUGCUCAUCGAAGCGUCGCCUGCGCGAUAAAGACGACGUAGAGUUGCACCCGAGAUCGCGCGUGCGGAGUUUCCCGGCCAAAGGUAACUGAUAUACUACGAACCCGCGGCCGACGACGAAGGGGCAUCAUCCGCGCGGCCUCUGAACGCUCGGUGCAUCUCGCGCGUCGGGACUCGGCAGCCUGCUGACCCAUUGUCAGGCGUGUGACUUGUCAAUCGCGCCACUCGACAGAGGUGAACGCUCAGAUCUGUUACGUCGCCGAGAUCCGGCUCCGAAGGACUUGUCUCGCGCAGCAGUGGGAUGCCACAUAUCGUUGGAAGCGCGCAGGAGCGUCUCUGUCUUGGUGGUGUGUGAACGGCUAGCUGCGAACGUUCUUCGAGCAACGAUGACGGCUACGAGAAGUCUCCUGUGGAGGGUUUCGUUUCUCUUCUGCGUCGUUUUCUUCAGCAUGAUGUUGGACUUCUUUCAAAUACAGUACCGCCUCUCGGCGUUCGAGCGCAAUCUCAUCGGGUCUGUGUUCAUGUCUUCGCCGUGGUGGGUCCCCGCCAUAUGUGGCACAGCUGCUGUCUCAGUGGGCUUGCUGUAUCCAUGCCUGGACCACAAGCUCGGCGAGGAAACUAUUCCCCACCACUGGUCUGAUGUCAUGAAGUGCGUCGCGCUAUUCGUGGGGAUCAAUCAAGCCAGUGCUAAAAUUGAGCUGCAGAGUGACUGGCAACCUGCAUUGUCUCUGGUGCUGCUGUCAGUGAGCCUCUGGUGGCUGUGCGAUCGCACACAAGGUGGCUUUGGCCUCAGCAUCCUCACAGCACUUGUGGCCACCUUGGUGGCCCACUUUCUUGUGUACUACAGGAUUGGAAGGUGUUCUGAGAAAGACCUGGCUUUCGUAAGAUCCUGGCUUCCUUGUGUGUUCUUCUCGGGAGGCAUUACAGUCGGGAACAUUGGGCGGCUGCUUGCACUGGGAGAGACAUCUGAUGAACCUCUUGCCUCCAAGAAACACCAAGAAUGAAGCACACUGUGUCAUUUCUCGGGACAACUCUUUUCGUACCUUGCCAAGGGUCUGCAGUGAAACACAUGGCACCAGCUUGGUUGGCUGAUUGAGGAGUGAGCUUCUUGUAAAACCAGCACUGAGCGAGCAGCUAGCACUACUCAAGUACUUCUACGAGCAGCACUACCGCCAAAAUGUGUGCGUCUGUAGGCAUUGUGAAAAAAAAAAGAAAGCGUGUAUCUGUGAUGCUGACUUUUUACAGACUGUGUGCGAUCGUCGUCAUCGGCCGGAGACUGCCUUCACUUCCCCCGACCUGUGUGAACAAACUAAGCCAUGUUGAGCUGCACUAUGUAUUGCGUUCUCUGGAGUCUUGGAAUCGCACUAUUUUGCUUGUGGAGGCUUGUGCUGUUGCCUAUUUAUGUGUGCUUGUGUAUGCAGUGACCAAAGGGAUUAUUUGGGGCAAUGUACUUGCAUCUGUACUUCUUUUUGUUUUCGUUUAUUGUUUUGCACAGAGUGCAUCUGUUGUGAGGUAUUGAUUGUGGCAAGUUAAGUGCAUGAAAUGUCUAUUAUUUAAGCGUCCUGUGCACUCGCAUGAGAUGAUCUGAAGCUAUGUAGACGCAUGUAAAAAUUUUGUUACUGGCUACAGAAAAGCCUGGCUAAUAGCUGACAUUUGUCUGCUAAUGCCCAGAAACCUAGCAUUUCAAAGAUUGUUUUUUCACUCAACAUCUUCUAGAUAAGUAUAGUGUUUCCUUUGAUGUUAUGGCAUUUUUAUGUAGGCCGCAUUUGUUGUGCGACCCAGAUUUUAAUAAGCAUUGGCAUAGCCUGUCAGCUUUUAAACCGUCUCACUCGUGUUGCUUACGUUGAGAAGGCUUGUUCUGGUGUCAUACAAAGAACUUGCAGUAAUACUCCACUGCCUCUUGUCACCUAGAAUCGACAGCUGCACUCUGUGCACUGGACGAAGCAAAGAUGCCAGACUACGGUAGUGGGUCCAGUUAGGCAGAAGUGAAGAAGGAAUAAAUCUGUUACAGCACUCCAAAAGUAAAUCUGGGAACAAAUUAAGGUUUUUGGUUGUUUCAAACAUGUAUUGUUGCCCUUGGUACUACUUUACGAUGAGAUUAUGAUUUUUGGCAAGGAACUCUGCACAGUAAAAAAAAUGUCCUUGACAGGGUUUAUAGCAGCCCAAGUUCCAUUUUUAAAGUCUUGAACACUUCAAUUUCACAAAGUGCUUAAGAAUACUGAAAUUUGAUCUUCAGCUAAGCUUAGUGGAUCUUUUCUUGUUAGUGCAAUUCAGAAGCCCAGUCCAUUAAUCUGUUUAGGCAUUGUGGUGUGCAUUGCUGGUUUGCUCACUAAACUGUUAUCAUGUAUAGUACUUCUUCCCUUUUUCUUUUCAUUUUUUUUCCCUUGUUGUGGAUUUGAUAAAACGAUUUUACUUGUUGAAUGUAGUGUUGUUCAAGAAGGUGCUUUGUUGGAACCUUGGAAAUCCUUAAAAAUCCUGGAUUUCUUUUCACAGAAACUGCUUCAAACCCUGCCUUUGGUAUUCGAUCAGUGUACCUACAUCGUCGCUCCUUUUUCUGCCAGACUUUUCAUGUGACAGCAUUUCCAUGACUGGAAGCCAUAAUCCUCAAUAGUAUAGCAAUAUGUUUGUCCAGGCAUGCAUAAAUGUGCAAUAAUGGACAAUGUUCAGUCGCUUCAAGCAUGCACACUAUGUUCUCUUGAAACAUUUGCACAGAAUAAGUAAGCAAUACAUUUAUAUAUAUAUAUAUUUGCUGAAGUCAUGUCAGAACAUUGUACAGUUUGUCUUCUGCCUCUGUGUAGUAUUUAUCAUGUUGUGUGUAUCAUAGUUGCUUUCUUUUCUCUCUAGCAUUUCUUGCUCUAGAAAGCACCCCUGUACAUAGAAACAACAGAAUAUAUAUGUGCAACCCUACAUUCUAUCCAGGGUCUGUCAACCUUGUCUAGAAUGCAGUGUGGAAGCUUUGAAUUUCACCUCCUAGGUGAUAAAUCGAAGUCUCAACUCUCCAUGAACAAAUACUAGUAUUCUAAAAUAGACAGCCCAUUACAUACGAGAGGUGUUGUGCUAUAGCAAAUAUGACAGUCACGCAGAGUUUGUCACCUGUUCCCUCACUCCUACAUCGCUUGCAGCACAUUAAUGCUGACCAACUCUAUUAAACUAUCACAUUAUUUAUGUGUUCUUCAUCUGUACAGCCAUGUGUCUCCUUGUUCAAAUGUCAGUGGAAGAGGAACAGAUUUAGUAUAUAAAUAAAUUUCAUCUGUGGCAGUUGAUUGACACAUCUAUCUUGUGCCAUAUAUUGAACACAUUUUAGUGUUUGUUGCUGUUCCUGUACCAAUGUGAACUCCAGUGAAUGCAAUAUGCGAAGGCCUACAGUGGUCUAAUAAAGUUUGCAUACCUGCUU